GACUACAGUGUCCACAUCCCACCCCUACUUGGGGAGGAAUAGGAGGCCGACUCCAGCCACAGUUCUGCUACUUAGAGAUACUGAAGCCACACACAGGCGGGCAGCAGAAGGUGAUCAGGGGAGGAUGUCUGAGCUGGAGAAGGCGCUGGUUGCACUCCUUGACGUCUUCCACCAGUACUCCGGUAGGGAAGGCAACAAGCACAAGCUGAAGAAAUCUGAACUGAAAACACUCAUUAACAGUGAGCUCCCCCAUUUCCUGGAGGAAAUCAAAGAGCAGGAGGUUGUGGACAAAGUCAUGGAAACACUGGAUGAAGAUGGAGAUGGAGAAUGUGACUUCCAGGAAUUUAUGGCCUUUAUUACUAUGGUGACCACUGCCUGCCAUGAAUUCUUUGAUCAUGAGUGAGAUAAAGAGCCAACAGAGAUGAAGUUUGCACCAGGAACCAGAGCACAAGGGCUUUCAGGCUUAGAGGACCCAAACUUUCCAGCCAUAUGUAGCUAAUUAGGAUGCUUGAUCUGCUGUAUCAAAAACUGAAACUCCCCUCCCAAAGUCUGCUUUAACUUGCUGCAACAUUGUAUCUGCUGUAUCACAGCCAUUUCUGUAAGCUGACUGGUCUCAAGGACUGCUUAGGAAAGUCAAUUCUCACUUGUAAAGCAUAUGCUAUACAGGCAGCCAUAGCUCUGCAUAAUCCUAACCCAGAAAAAAAAAAAUCAACUACCAAAAGUAAUUCUGCAAAGUAGGAGCAUGAGGUUUACAAUAAAUCUAAAACUGCAAAGUUGUUGUUCUUUUUUUACAUCACAUGAAAAGGCUUUUUCUUAUAUUUGUUCAUUAGUACAAAUAAAAAGUGCCACCAUCUCUGGCAAAGAGCAUGGUCACAUUUAAACCCC